UUUUGCUCUGUGGAAUAAUCUUCAUCAAUUAACGUAUUUUUUUGUGACUUUUGAAUAAUUUAUAUUAUUUUUUAAAAAGCACAUAAAGGCUUCAUAAUUCAUAAAGGUCAUGUUAGCUGACUCCUAUUAUCUCAUAUAAAAUAUUAGUAUAAAAUCUCCAAAACCUGUGUCAACCUCGGACCUUAUUUUCGGCGUUUAUUCCUAAACCCUAUUCUCUCCACAUUCAUUUUCGCCAUAGGGAUGGCUGAACGAAUCAGACGUAACUCAUUUCCGGGUUGUAGAACUACAAAAGAAGGGUAAUGGCUAGAAUGGUUACGUUUUUGUCAGAAUUGACUUUUUGAAGCAGGUUUAGGAGAAUUGGCGCAGCAGGUCAGGAAUGACAGGUUAUGUGAAUUAGGAAAGGGUUAGUUGAAAUGCAAAAAUAAAUAAAUGCUUUUGACCUGAAUUGACAAAAGCUGGAUCCCAUCUAGAGAAAACACUCGCGAGUCAUCUAUCUCGUCACCUGGAAGGUUUCCUUUUCCCUUUACUCCCAUGCUUCAACAUUCUAGUGAAUAUGUCCUGCGACAACCAGCAAGCAGACCAGUCGGCCUUGAAGAAGAGAAUAUGUGACUUUUUAAAGGUGAAGAAACAAGGAUCCACUGCUCUCCAGAUAGCUAAGGCUGUUGGACUGAAGACGGCCAAGGAUGUAAACAGUGUCCUGUACGCUUUAAACAAAGCUGGACUUCUUUAUGCAACACCAGACAAACCACCAGUCUGGUCUGUGGAGAAACCAGGGACGGCGUCAGUCUCUGUGAGUGUUCCAGAGUCAGAUCGAGUGCCUAGUCCUUCUGAGACCCCUGGCAUCACAGAGGAAGAACUGAGGAGGGUGCUGGCGUCAAAGAGUGAUGGAAGAGGGAUGAGUGUGCAAGAAAUUGCCAGAGAAUUGGGCCAAACACGAAAAUUUGUGAAUAAGCAUCUUUAUGACCUGCAAAGUAGCGGCAAGGCAGAAAAGUUGGGAGAGAAUGUGUGGAAAAUGAAGGAUGAAGCAAGCUGUGGAGGAGAGCUUAUUAAAUACCAGAGUUAUGAUCAAGAUAUUUCCAUCAGACUGACUGAAAGCUCCAGGUUUUCCAAAGAUUUCAAAUUAUUGAGUGUUCUGGGUGCAGGAGGCUUUGGGUGUGUCACUAAAGCCCAACACAAAUUGGAUGGAAAAACGUACGCUGUGAAGAUUGUGCAGAAUAUGGGAGAAGCAAAUCGUGAAGUGAAAGCACUGGCUACCUUGGAACAUUCUAACAUUGUUCGCUACUAUACGACUUGGCCUGAGGAUGCCAAUUGGGUCGAUGGGGGCUACAGCACAGAGUCGUCGGUCCAGUCUAAAAUCUCAGAAGAGACUGACAAUUAUUCAGACCAGGGAGAUGGAUCUACACAUGAAACAAAGCAAUCAGAUUCAGACCUUUCGGAAACAGCCAGCGAAGACCAAGCAAACCACUCAAUGACCGAUUCCAGCUCAAGAAAUGGAGACUGGCCUUGUUUGUGCAUUCAGAUGGAGUUCUGUGAGGGAGGGACGCUGAAGGACUGGAUUAACUUAAAUGAUGUUAGAACGAAGGACAAGGCACAUGGAAUAUUUCGGCAAAUAGUUUGUGGAGUGGAAUACAUCCACUCUGUAGGACUUAUUCACAGAGACUUAAAGCCAGAGAACAUAUUGUUUGGAAGUGAUGGCAUGGUGAAGAUUGGAGACUUUGGUCUUGUGACCACGAUCACCAAUCUGAGUGGAGCAUCAAUGUACAGGACUGUCAACAAAGGAACACCAUUUUACAUGAGCCCUGAGCAGAAGACUGGGGGGAAUUAUGAUGAGAAAACAGAUAUAUUCUCUCUGGGACUGAUAUGGUUUGAACUCCUGUGGCACAUGUCCACUGUCAUGGAGAAGAUGAAGGUGUUCCAGAGCCUGCAGACAAGGACAUUUCCUUCUGACUUCCGUGAGAAGUUUAUCUUAGAGCAUAAACUCAUCAGUAAAAUGCUGUCAGAGUCGCCAGCAAACCGACAAAACGCGGAAGAGAUUGCUGCGAUCCUGAAGAGAAACCUGCUCGGAAACCCAACUGGAUUACAACAGAGAACUGUGUGAAAUGUUGCAGGGUAGUGGCUUGAAAUGCUUUGGGGAAAACAGUGACGCCAGCAUAGAACACCUGCAUUGCAUGCUGUUUGGAGUUUUAGGCUGGGUUUCUGUACAGCACUUUGAGAUAUCAGCUGAUGUACGAAGGGCGUUAUAAAUACAUUUGAUUUGAUAGAAGACACGCUCUCUUCAAGACAGAGCGCACAGUUCCCGCUCAGCCCAGUCAAAACUGUUCGCUGCUCUGGCCCCCCAAUGGUGGAACAAACUCCCUCACGACGCCAGGACAGCGGAGUCAAUCACCACCUUCCGGAGACACCUGAAACCCCACCUCUUCAAGGAAUACCUAGGAUAGGAUAAGUAAUCCUUCUCACCACCCCCCCCCUUAAUGAUUUAGAUGCACUAUUGUAAAAUGGCUGUUCCACUGGAUGUCAGAAGGUGAAUUCACCAAUUUGUAAGUCGCUCUGGAUAAGAGCGUCUGCUAAAUGACUUAAAUGUAAUGUAAAUGUAAAUGAUGUCAUGCCUGAAGCAGUGAACUGGGAGGGGGAUCAGUAUCCUACUGUAUUUCUCAGGAACAUUUUGGCACUUAUCACUUUUGUUUCUGCUGUACGGUUUCUCAAAUGUGAUAACUUUUUAAAAGUUGAUUACACGGAAUAGAGGGUAAAUAUUAAUAUUAUGUGUAGGAAAAAUGUUUGGGUCCACCACAUUACUAAUGCAGAACCCUCUUCUAUGUUUUUAACCGUUAUUUAACCAGGUAAGACCCAUUUUUAAGUAACACAAACUAUUUUUCAAGGGUGACCUGGUAAGAAGUCAAAACAAGGAAAUGGCAGCGUGUCCAUAAAACAUGACAGAAAAACACAGAAUACACACAAAAGACAAUUUCACAAGAUAAAGAUACAAUUGAAGAUUAGAAACAACUGUAUUGGUCACAAGCGGUGUUGUCGAUCAGAGUCUUAAAAACAGACCAGGACACCAAGUCCCCUAACUUUACAAUCUUCUGAAGCAUGUUCCAGGAUGAAGGGGCAUUAUGGGAAAAAUGGUUUCCCCCUCUCAGUUUUAGCCCUAGGAACAGACAAGGACAGCAGCGAUUGUGAACGAAGACUGUAUUGAGUGACUGAUCUGGUUAGUAAUCACAACAUGGACAUAAUUUCAACUCCGUACAUUUUAUUGUGAUCAUUUCUACUUUAAAAAAAAAAACGUUCUACUUAUAACAAGGGCACAUUGACAGAAUCAUGGAGUUUAUUUAAAAGUAAAUGAAAACAUUGAAUGUUGUUACAGGGAGAUGGACACUCAUAUGGUUUCUUCCAAAUGUGACAAGUCUCCACAACUGCGCAACUUGUGCUUUUUUUUAAUUCACGUGAUUUCAAAUUAUAUGUUAGACGUAUACUGUAUAAAGAGCUUAUGAAAUAAAUGUCCAACGCCAA